AUGGACAUCAGUGACCUUCUAGUCCGCCAUGAGAAGCUUGUUCAUCUCAAUGAGGGCGGCAAGGAUGCCAGCCGGAUCCGGAAAACGUCAUCGGGCAGCGGCCACACAAUGUCCUCGGAUGACCAUGGCGAGAUGAGUAUGAUGGGCAUGCAGCGGCGCCAGUCCUCAACCUCCAGAUACCCCGCCCAAGCACCUCAGCCAAUUCCGUCGCCAUCACAGCACUCGGUCCAUGCCGCCCACCCGUCACAUUCUAUUGCGUCGUUGCCGCCACCGCCACCGACCGACCCCCGGCUCGCAUCUAGAAACGUGCCGGCAUGUAACCUGGAUCUGCUUUCAGAUGCCGCCACGCACUUGGCCUCGGCCGCCGAAAUUAGCGUCAUGCCACCCAUGAUGCCGGAUCUUGGCCCCUCGUCGUCAACCGGCCCGAUCCCGCCCGUCAAGUCUUUUGAUACAACGCCACCGCCAUAUAAUGAUCGCAGCCGUGAGGCACCGGCGUCGCAGGAGGCCAUCCCGCCAUCCUACGCCGGCCAGCCGCCUGCUGCGUCGUUUGACGACUACCACUUGUUCCUCGACGACUUUACUUCGUCCUCGCACUUUUUGCCAACAGCCCUCGAGUCCGACCAGCCUUUUGGCAUGUGGGGCCGUAGUGGCAGCAACAACAUGUCCAAGAUGGCUGGCUCGUCGUUCCCGUCGACACGGUUCCCAUCUGUGCAGCCGGACAUGCGUGACAUACACUCGGAAUCCGGUCCCCAGCGUUCGCAAGACGAAGGUUCGAUGCGCGCUCCCGGAUGGCGCAUUGGACUGGCGGAUCACAACACGAUCAAGAGCCGCCUCGAAGAGUUCUCGUCGGUUCUGCCUACCGACUUCGUCUGCCCGUCCCGGCACACGCUGACCCGCUUCCUUGAGGGAUACAUUAGCGGCUUCCACGAGCACCUCCCAUUUUUGCAUUUGCCGACCCUGUCGCCUGGCGAGCUCUCGCCCGAAUUAAUCUUGGCCAUUCUCGCUGUCGGUGCCCAGUACCGCUUCGAGAGUCACCGUGGCUAUGCGCUGUGGUACGCCGCCAAGGCCAUUGCGUUUGAGCAGAUUCGCCGUCGUCAUAGUCACGAGGUGCACAGCCUGCUUCCUACCUCGGCCGCCUACAGCCCACAUUCAACACGCCCUUCACCCAGCACGGGCUACCGGCACUCGUUCAACUCGGUGCAACACGACCGUCCCUUGACCCAGGAUACACAUCGCGAGCCAUACUCGCCAAACACGCCGCAGGCUCGCCUCGAAACCAUCCAGGCUCUCCUGCUCCUGUUUGCCGUCGGCUUGUGGGGCCCCAAGGCCAUCCUGCACGAAGCGCUCUCUCUGCAAAGCCAGCUGGCCGUUCUUGUCCGCGAAGAGGGCCUCGAAUCCCAGCCGUCCAGCCAGGUGACUGACUGGGACACGUGGGUCCGCGUUGAAGGCAGUACGCGCACCAAGCUGAUCGCGUUUUGCUUCUUCAAUCUAUGCAGCGUCGUGUACAACACGCCACCCCUUCUGCUGACAUCCGAGGUCAACCUGGUUCUCCCGCAGCCCUCGCGACUCUGGAGAAUGGAAACGGCGUGGCAGUGGCAGGAAGCACGCCAGGCCUAUGGCAGUGUCGAGCUGCCUCUGCAGGAGGCCUUUUCGAGAAUCCUCAACCGCAACGUCCAGGCGCCGCUCAGUCAUGUGACAUCACUCGGCAACUACAUCCUGAUGCACUGCUUCAUCCAGCACAUUUACCUGCUGAAGCAGACCUCUGUCGGCAUUGCCACACCGUACGGCAUCCACCGUGGCCUCAAGAUUGAUGACGUCGAGGAGACUGCGCACGGCUUGCGGCUGUGGCAGAUCGGUUUCGAGCAGCACCGACAAAUGCGCGCCGCCGAGAGUGCCCACCACCACCAGCAGGCUGGCAUGAACCCGGCGGACAACUACCACAGUGGCUCCGUGGCGUUCAACGCGACGGCGCUUUUGCGGCUAGCAUACAUCCGGCUGUACACGGACCUCAACCCGAGCCGGCGGCUGGAAACGCGCGACCACGGCAUCAUUGCCAACGCAUUCAACGAUGUGCCCCUCUUAGUUCGCAGUCCACGCACAACGCGCGCCGUCGUGCAGGCGAUCCACGCGCUGGCAAUGCUCGUCAAGGCCGGCGUCAACUACGUGGCGCGGACCAAGUCCCUCGAGUGGAGCAUGCAGCUGUCUUUGUGCAAUAUGGAGUGUGCUCUGCUGCUGUCCAAGUGGCUGAUUACGCUGGCGUCCAUUGGCCCCAACGACGCACCCAUCUCGGCCGAGGAAAAGACGCUGCUCGACAACGUGCGCCGGCUGCUGGACGAGACGGAGUUUGCCGUGCCCAUUGACCCGUCGUUGUCGGGCAGUGCGCCAUCGGGCGCGUCGGCUGCAGUCUCGACUUCGUCGACGGCGUCGGGGACUGACGGCGCCAAGCUGCGACAGCUUGCGACGGCCGUGAUCCACCUAUGGGCGGAGACGUUCAAGGGCACGCACAUUUUUGAGGUGAUUAGCAUUAUGGGUCUCGGUCUCGAGAGCUAUGCGGACAUUCUGGAGAAGCCGGGCGACCGGACCCCAAUGGCGCGGAUGUCCGCCACUGGUGGUCUGUAG